UGUCGUGAAGUGUCGUGUCACAAAAAAAAUGUCAACAAUAUAUCGUAAAAGAUGUUUGUUAGUUAUUUUAAAAAACAAAAUAUAGGUAGUAUCGCAAAAAUUUUCAAAAGUUACAUACCAAAAUCUAACAUGAUGUAAAAAUAUUUAAGUUUCUGUCAUGGAAAAAUAUGCAAUGGUCUCGAAAGCAUCGUAAACAAUGGCCUACGUCAAAAGUACCAACUCUGAAGAAAAUAAAGUAAAUUUCAAACGGACCAGUAGCCUGAAUAAUUAUUAUCUUUGUCAUUAUUGUGAAAGAAAGUUUCUCAAGAAAGAAGUGAUACAGCAACAUGUUAUUACGUGCCUUAGUAAUAGAACGUGCAGGUGGUGUAGUUUAGUGUUUAAAAAUCGUGGGAAUUUAGUUACACAUGCGUAUUACAUACACAACGAUAAAAGUGUAAAAACGAAACAAGCACCAACAAACACAUGUGAAGCCUGCGGUAAAUCAUUCAACAACAGCAGUGGACUGAAGUACCACAUAAGACGAGCCCAUUUUAAUUUAGUAGCAGAUGUAACAUCGUAUGACCAGAGAGCAAUAAACGAAGUAUGGUACGAAAAUGUACUAAAUGGAGACAGCGUAGUGGAAAUAAAGAAAGCUGGACCAAAUUUAGUAUUAAUAAGGAAAGUGGAUAUCAAUGAAGAAGUUAAUCCGAACGAUGGUAAAGUAUCGGUAGAUUUGACUACAUUGUACCCAACUGGGAAUCAAAUGACGACAAUAAUUUGCGAUAUUUGCGAGGUCGAAAUGCUGAAAAGGGAUUUUAAAAAGCAUUACGAUGAGAAACACGGUAAACUGAAGAAGCACCACUGCAACAAUUGCAAUGUUACGUUUAAAAGGUCGUAUUUGUUUAUUAGGCAUACCUGUAAUAAGAAUAAAUCGAGGAGGAAAAGGAUGCCGCAGAUUAGUAAAGUAGAAAGUUAUACUGCGAUAUCUGUAUGA